AUGCCAUUUGGGUUGAAGAAUGCCGGAGCAACAUAUCAAAGAGCCAUGAAUGCCAUAUUCCAUGACAUGAUUGGCCAUUUCUUGGAAGUCUACAUUGAUGAUGUGGUCAUCAAGUCCUCGGCUAAAGAUCAACAUCUCCACAAUUUGAAGAUGGCUUUUGAAAUGAUGAGGCAACACAAGUUGAAGAUGAAUCAUUUGAAGUGUGUUUUUGGGGUUUUAGCUGGAAAUUUCCCAGGUUUCCUGGUCCACCAAAGGGGUAUUGAGAUAGAUCAAAAUAAAGCAAAGGCAAUUAUUGAAGCUGCUGAGGAAUUCAAGUGGAUAGAACAGCACCAGCAAGCCUUUGAAGGUUUGAAAAGCUACAUGGCCAACCCUCCAGUGCUGAUGCCUCCUAUCAAGAAGCGGCCUUUAAGAUUAUACUUAUCGGCCGCCGACGAGUCCAUUGGAACUCUAUUAGCUCAGAAUAAUGAAUGGGGGAAAGAGCAAGCCAUCUAUUAUCUAAGUAGGGUGCUCACUCUAGUGGAAUGUAGGUAUACUUCCAUUGAAAAGUUGUGUCUUUCUUUAUAUUAUGCGGCUAUGAAAUUGAGAACCUAUAUGUUGCCAGUGGCCGUGUAUAUAAUCUCUCAAAUAGAUUUGAUUAAGUAUAUGUUUUCCAGGCCAUUGAUCACUGGACGUAUUGGAAAGUGGUCAUUGGCAUUAAUGGAGUUUUCCUUCAAGUAUAUUCCACAAAAGGCAGUCAAAGGAAGGGCGGUAGCAGAAUUCCUAGCAGAUCAUCCAUCUACUAAGAUAGAUUCAGAAAUAUUAAAUAAGGUGGAUAAUCUCUACCUUGACUAUAUACUUUGGACUCUCAUGUUUGAUGGAUCAAGCACUCAUGAUGGAGGUGGAGCUGGAAUAGUCAUCAUUUCUCCGAAAGGAAAAAAAACCAAAUUUUCUUUCUUCUUGGAUUUCAAGUGUACAAACAACCAAGCUGAGUACGAGGCACUAAUUAUUAGGCUGGAGAUUGUACUAGAGCUAAAGGUGGAGAAGGUUCAAAUUAUUAGAGAUUCUAACUUGAUACUUAGCCAACUAUCGGAAGAAUAUGGAUGUCUUAACUGGCGUCUGAGGCCUUUCCACUCUUUGGCCUUAGAGUUACUUUGCCAGUUUGAUGAUUUCCAACUCAAAUAUUGGCCUAGACAUUUAAAUACGGAGGCUGAUGAUCUAGCACAAUUAGCCUCUCUAGUGAAAGUCCCACCGGGUGUGGAAGAAGCUGUGAUCACAGUUAAAAGAAGAAGUCUUCCUUCGGUAGAGUUACGGUAUGAGAUGGCAAGUCAUUUCCAAUCUGAAGAGCCAGAAAGAGUCAAACCUGCCAAUAAGCUAUGGGAGGUUUUCAAUAUUGAUAUUGAUGGAUUAGAUUUGGAUGAUUGGAGAACACCAAUUAUCCAAUUCUUGCAAGAGCCUAGCUCCAAGAUGGAUAAGAGAAUUCAGCUUUUGGUGCCAUAUUACAUUCUGAUUGAUGGGGACCUUUACAAGAACAGUAAAGAAGAUGGACUUUUGUUAAGAUGCCUCGGAAAAGAUGAAUCCAUGAGGGUAAUAACGGAAACACACCUUGGAAUAUGCGGAGCACAUCAAGCUGUAAUCAAGAUGAGGUGGCUCCUUAGAAGGUAUGGUUAUUAUUGGAAAGGCAUAUUGAAAGAUUGCAUAGAGUUUGCCAAAACUUGUACUGCAUGUCAAGAACAUGGCCCGAUCCAAAGAGUUCCAGCUAUUAAUAUGCAGCCACUAGUAAAAAUAUGGUCAUUUAGAGGAUGGGCUAUGGACUUUAUUGGAAAGCUAAGGCCUCCAUCUUCAGAUGGCCAUACUCACAUAGUGGUGGCAAUAGAUUAUUUCACAAAGUGGGUGGAAGCCAUUCCACUAAAGACUUGUGAGCAGUCAACGGUGAUUGAUUUAUCAAGAAGCACAUUAUACAUAGGUUUGGAAUUCCAGAGACUAUCACCACUGACAGAGGCAAAUGGACAGGCAGAAGCUUCCAACAAAGUAAUUCUCAACAUCCUUGAAAAGAUGAUUGAGGAUCAUCCAAGGGAGUGGCAUCACUUGCUUUCUGAAGCUCUUUGGGCCUACAAAAAUUUAAAAAGGUCAAGUACAGGCGUCACACCAUAUGUGUUUACAUAUGGACAUGAUGUUGUCCUUCCAAUGGAGAUGACUAUCAGGUCUGCAAGGGUGGCUUUCCAAAAUAGGCUAACUCCAGCAGAUUACAACCAUGCUAUGUUAGCAGAAUUAGAAAACCUUGAUGAAGUUCGUCUCAAUGCUCUAGAUCAUAUUAUUGCUCAAAAGAAGAAAGUCAUGCGGGCAUAUAAUAAGAAGGUUAAGGCGAAGACAUUUGUAGAAGGAGACUUGGUAUGGCAGGUCAAAUUUCCACCUGGAGUUAAAAGUUUAGAGUAUAGAAAAUGGACUCAUAAUUGGGAAGGUCCUUACUUGGUAGAACGAGUCCUUGGAAAAUGA